AUGUUCACAUACAGAGAAUUCUCAGCUGCCGACCUGCUCGACUUGAAUUUGGUCAACUUAGACGAGAAGACGGUGUCUUUUACUUUGGAGUUCUACUUCAGAUAUCUGUCAGAGCACCCAAAGUACUGUCUAUCGGUGGUCUCUGAUGAAAAUCCGAUAGGCUACAUCAUAGGAAACUCAGGACCGUACAAAAAGACGAAAGACUUGUACUCCCAUGUAACAGCGCUUAGCAUUGCGCCUCCCUGCAGAAGGUUCGGUCUUGGGCAAAGCCUGCUUGAAAUGUACGAUCUAAAUGCAAAGGUAGAUAAGUCGUUGUUUAUUGAUUUAUUCGUAAGAGAGUCAAACACACAAGCAAUAAACUUUUACACGAAGUAUGGGUACGUAAAACACGAAUUGAUAAACGACUACUACGCCGAUCCGAGUGAGAAUGCGUACGACAUGCGACUAUACACGGGAGUAGACAAGUGCAGCAGAGCAUAA